CAGGAAACAGAAAGCCAAUUGCUAGAAAUUAUAAAUCAACAAACUAAGACUGAGAAGGCUCACACUUUGUUAGAUGCAACUUUUAGUACAUUUACUGCAAAUGGUGAAAAAGCUUUUAUAAAAUGCUGGCAAGACAUCAAAAAACCUAUUUGCUG